UUUUAUUCAUACUUAAGGAUGAAUCGUUUUUUCGACUGCUAGUCUGCUAUACGUGUUAUAAUCAAAACACAACAUGUGAAUGUUGUCGUGGUACCAAAAUUUUGCUUGACGUCAUAGACAGGUGUUUUUUUUAGAGUAACUUCUUUUUAAUUCAUUGUCUUACUAAGGUGUAUAAAUACACUCCCAUCACAAUGGAUGUCAGUCAUGAGAACAACAAUAAGCUGAUUUUAAAUCUACCACAGCUGCAGAAUCUCAUCAAACGAGAUCCUGUCUCAUAUGCAGAAGAGUUUGAAAGGCAGCAUUCUGUCUAUGCUGCUACACUUGUUAUAUUUGAACAGAAUCCUACAGUGUUCAAUAACCAGCUACAUGAACUUCUUAUGUUUAUGGCACAAGUUGCACAGUGCUACCCUAAGGAAUUGGAUAAAUUUCCACAAGAGCUUAUGACACUCUUAAAACGGCAUGCCUCAGUUUUGCACCCAGAGAUGCGAAUGUCACUUGUAAAGGCUUUGGUGCUACUGCGUAAUAAGAAUUUAUUAUCUCCAACAGACCUGCACAUUCUGUUCUUCCAAUUAUUGCGCUGUCAGGACAAAAAUCUGCGCAAGUUUUUACAACAGCACAUGGUUAAAGACAUCAAAAACUUGAAUUCAAAAUCCAAAAAUAUGAAGUUGAACAAAGAGCUCCAAAAUUUCAUGUAUGAAAUGUUGAAAGCUAAACAUGCAGUAGCAGCAAAAACUUCAUUGAAUGUAAUGUUAGAGCUUUACAACAAGAAAAUAUGGAAUGAUGCUAAAACAGUAAACAUCAUUACAACUGCAUGUUUCCACAAAGUAACAAAGAUUAUGGUAGCAGCAAUAAAAUUUUUUGUUGGCAAAGAUGAUGAGGAUGAUGAUGGUGGUGGUGAUGGUGACAACAGUGAUUCAGAUGGUGAUGAGGAUGAACAAGCAGCUUUAAAGGCUGCUGUGAUGGCAUAUAAAGUCAAUAAAAAGACUAAAAAAAGAAAACAGAAGAAAAUGCAGAAGGUGAAAAAUAUUGUGAAAAAGAAUCAAAAGAAUAAAACAACCAAGGUUAACAUUGACUUUUCUGCUUUGCAUCUAAUUCAUGAUCCACAAGAUAUGGCAGAAAGACUCUACAGAAAGUUGGAGAAUAUGAAUGAAAGAUUUGAGGUGAAAUUGUUAACCAUGAACCUUAUUUCCCGCUUAAUAGGUAUUCAUAAAUUAUAUCUACCAAACUUUUAUCCACUGCUUCAGAGAUACUUGUAUCCUCAUCAGCGAGAAGUGACAAAAGUGAUGGUUUUUGCUGCUCAAGCUGCCCAUGAUGAAGUACCUCCAGAUGACCUGGAACCAGUUGUGCGAUGUCUUGCAAACAAUUUUGUAACUGAACGAUAUUCCAGUGAAGUAAUGGCUAUGGGUCUUAAUGCAAUUAGGGAAUUGUGUGCAAGGAAUCCUCAUGGUAUGGCAGAUGAUUUAUUGCAAGAUUUGGCACAGUAUAAAACACACAAAGAUAAAGGGGUGUCAAUGGCUGCAAGGUCUCUCAUAGUACUGUUUCGUGAUAAAAAUCCAAUGCUUUUAAGUAGAAAAGACAGAGGAGCCCCAACUGAAUUAAAAGCAGAAGAAAAACAGCAGAUGUUUGGUGAAACUAAUGCCAAGAGUUUCAUUCCUGGAGCUGAAAUUUUAAGCUUUAAAAUAGAAAAUGAAGAGAGUGAUGAUAGCAACAGUGAAGGAGAAGGAGAAGGCUGGAUUGACGUUGAUCAUCCUGAGAUAUACAUGGAUGGUAGUGAUGAUGAAGAAGAAGGUAAAGAAAAUGAAAAAAGGGAAAACAGUGAAAAGGCAUUAACCACAAAGGAAGCUGUUAAAGAAGUGAUGAAGCUGACAGUAGAAGAAAGAGCAGAAAGGGCUGAAGACAUUGUCAGCAGUCGAUUUCUCACAGAUCAAGACUUUGCUAAGAUUGCAGCAGUGCAGGCAGCAAAGUAUGUAGAAAAGUUCAGUCUGAACAAGAAGAAUAAAGUUUCAAAACGUAAGUUGGAUAUCAUAGAAGAAAAGCAGGAAGCAGGUGAACUGGUUCCACUGAAGAACAUUGAAAUGAUUUACAAAAAGAGAAAACAUGAUAAAGAGGCUCGUAUGGGAACUGUCUUGGCAGGUCGAGAGGGCCGUGAGAAAUAUGGUCAAAAGAAGGGCAAAAUGAAUCCACAUGCAUCGACAACAAAUAGACAGAAAAACAAAGGUAAAAACUUUAUGAUGAUGAAACAUAAAGUGAAAGGAAAACAAAAAAAAUCAUUUCGGGAGAAGCAGUUAAAAUUAAGAAAUUCCCUUCUGAAGCAGCGGAAAUUUAAAGUAUAACUAAGUAAAGGAGAGCACAGUU